AUGCAAAGCUCUUUGACGGCACAGCGCUCAUCUCUGAAAACCAAGCUGCCUGACAUCAGCGCAGCCCUGGAGGUCGUGGAGCACCUCGUGUCAAAGAGCAGCGAGGCAAGCGAGGACGAGCCCACGCAGUACACCUAUCAGCUAGCUGAGAACAUCUGGUCCAAGGCCUCCGCACCUCCCAGCAAGACGGUUUGCUUGUGGCUCGGUGCCAACUGCAUGCUGGAAUACACAUUGGACGAGGCCUUGGAUCUCCUGAAGACGAAUGAGAACAAUGCCAGGAGCCUACGCUCCAUGUCUCUGCACUGUUCAGCAAAUGACGACAUUGUCAUCACUGGAGGAGGCUCGCCAAGAGCCGGCAUGGUGAUUCGCGCUCCGAAUUUGCAGCAAGUCGAGCGAACGUCUCUUUACUUCGGGGGUCUCCACGGUGCGGCGCCUGCCCCCGGUUGCACUGCGAAGUAG